ACACCCGCCAAGGAUUCUGCUUCACUGAAGUACUGCAAACCAUGUGCCAGAUGUCCUCCACCAACCGCAACCUGGUCACCAAAUCUGAGUGCUGCUGCAACAGUGGGCGCAGCUGGGGUCCCCAGUGCGAGCUCUGUCCCCUUCCCGGUACUGCCCAGUACAAGAAGAUGUGUCCUCAUGGGCCAGGGUACUCCACUGACGGGAGAGACAUCGACGAGUGCAAGGUGCUGCCCAACCUCUGCAAGAACGGACAGUGCAUCAACAGCAUCGGCUCCUUCCAGUGUCUGUGCCAAGAGGGGUAUGACCGGACCCCUGAUGGGAAGAACUGUGUAGACAUCAACGAGUGCAUGAGCUUGCCUGGGACCUGCUCCCCGGGCACCUGCCAGAACCUGGAGGGCUCCUUCCGCUGUAUCUGCCCCCCCGGGUACGAGGUGCAGAACGACAACUGCAUCGAUAUCAACGAGUGCGAAGAGGAGCCCAACAUCUGCCUCUUUGGGACGUGCACCAAUACCCCUGGCAGCUUCCAGUGUGUCUGCCCUCCAGGCUUUGUGCUGUCUGACAACGGCCGACGGUGCUUCGAUACUCGCCAGAGCUUCUGCUUCACUCGCUUUGACAACGGGAAGUGCUCUGUCCCCAAAGCCUUCAACACCACCAAGGCUCGGUGCUGCUGCAGCAAGAUGCCGGGAGAAGGUUGGGGAGAUCCCUGCGAGCUGUGUCCGCAGGAAGGAAACGUUGCCUUCCAGGAGCUGUGUCCAUAUGGCCAUGGAGCCAUCCCAGGCCCAGGCGACACCCGGGAAGAUGUUAAUGAAUGCUCAGAGAACCUGGGGGUCUGCAUAAACGGAGCCUGCAUCAACACUGAUGGGUCCUUCCGCUGCGAGUGCCCCUUUGGGUACAACCUGGACUACACAGGAGUCAACUGUGUGGAUACCGAUGAGUGCUCCAUUGGCAACCCCUGUGGGAACGGCACCUGCACCAACGUGGUGGGAGGCUUCGAGUGCGCCUGCGAUGAGGGCUUUGAGCCAGGUCCCAUGAUGACAUGCGAAGAUAUCAAUGAGUGCGCGCUGAACCCCCUGCUCUGCGCCUUCCGCUGCAUCAACACCUUUGGCUCCUACGAGUGCACCUGCCCAUCUGGAUACGCCCUCCGAGAAGACAGGAGAAUGUGCAGAGAUCUGGAUGAGUGCGUGGAGGGACUGCACGACUGCGAGUCUCGAGGGAUGCUGUGCAAGAAUCUCAUUGGCACCUUCAUGUGCAUCUGCCCGCCAGGAAUGCAACGCAGACCCGAUGGAGAGGGCUGCACAGAUGAGAACGAGUGUCGCACCAAGCCUGGAAUCUGCCCCAACGGCCGCUGCAUCAACACGGUGGGAAGUUACCGCUGUGACUGCAACGAAGGUUUUGAAGUCAGUCCCUCUGGCACAGAGUGUAUUGGUGAGUACCGAGUCCUGUGCGAGCUCUGUCCCCUUCCCGGUACUGCCCAGUACAAGAAGAUGUGUCCUCAUGGGCCAGGGUACUCCACUGACGGGAGAGACAUCGACGAGUGCAAGGUGCUGCCCAACCUCUGCAAGAACGGACAGUGCAUCAACAGCAUCGGCUCCUUCCGCUGCCACUGCAGGCUGGGCUACACCGCGGAUAUCACGGGCACAGCCUGCGUGGAUUUGGAUGAGUGUAACCAGUCCCCUAAGCCAUGUAACUUCAUCUGCAAGAACACAGAAGGCAGCUACCAAUGCUCCUGCCCCCGAGGGUACAUUCUGCAAGAAGAUGGGAAGAUCUGCAAAGACUUGGAUGAAUGUUCCACCAAGCAGCACAACUGCCAGUUCCUCUGUGUGAACAUUAUCGGAGGAUUCAACUGCAAAUGCCCUCCGGGCUUCACUCAGCACCACUCGUCCUGCAUCGACAAUAAUGAGUGCACAGCUCAGCCCUCUCUGUGUGGAGCCAAAGGACAGUGUCUGAACACGCCGGGCAGUUACAACUGCGAGUGCCAGAAAGGAUUCUCCCUGGACAGCUCUGGUGUCAACUGCGAAGAUGUGGACGAGUGUGAUGGAAACCAUCGGUGCCAGCACGGCUGCCAGAACGUUCUCGGAGGCUACCGCUGCGGCUGUCCGCAGGGCUACGUGCAGCACUACCAGUGGAACCAGUGUGUGGAUGAAAACGAGUGCUCCAGCCCCACUGCCUGCGGCUCUGCCUCCUGCUACAACACGCUGGGAAGUUUCAAGUGCGUCUGCCCAUCCGGCUUCGAUUUCGACCAAGCCUUUGGUGGGUGCCAGGACGUGGAUGAAUGCUCAGCGGGCGGCAGCCCCUGCAGUUACGGCUGCUCCAACACAGACGGAGGGUAUCUCUGCGGCUGCCCUGGAGGCUACUUCCGAGCGGGACAAGGACACUGUAUUUCUGGCUUGGGUUUUGGGAAAGGUUCCUACCUUCCUGCUCCCCAAGAAGAAGAUGAAGACAACCUGCUCUCCCCUGAAACCUGCUAUGAGUGCAAGAUAAAUGGCUACCCCAAGAGGGGUCGGCAGCGACGCAGUGUCAAUGGCACUGAGAAGCACCAGGAUCACACUGUGAACUUGGCCAGCAUGGAUGUGGACGCUCCUCUGUCCAUGAUGCUGAACCUCUCUGACCUGGCUCACAAGGAGCACAUCCUGGAGCUCCUGCCAGCUGUGGAGCCCCUGGAGAACCGUGUGCGGUACCUAAUCUCCCACGGGAAUGAGGAUGGCUACUUCCGCAUCCACCAAAAAGAGGGGCUCAGCUACCUGCACCUCGGCCGCAAGAAAAUAGUGCCCGGCACCUACCUGCUGGAAAUCGUGAGCGUGCCCCUCUACCGCAAGAGGGAACUGCAGAAACUAGAGGCCAAGAACCACCUCAACUACUUAGCGGGGGAGCUGGGCCAAGCACUGAGGAUGAAGCUCCAGCUCCAGCUCUACUAA